CUAAAGAUUUUACACGAUAACGAAAUCGCUUUGCUGAUCUAUAAGCAUAAAAUCGCAAAAUUUUUAGUUUUAAAAUGCAAUUUUAACUACAUUGCUACUAUCGAUUUGAGUUGUUGAGAAUAACAUCAUUUUUAUUUUAUUUUUUAGUUUUGACCGAUGGGCGAGGGGAAGAACUUGAUACCAUUUGGAGAAUCAAAAGCUCCGCAAAUCACUGAAUCCGGAGUGGCCACCUAACUGGAAACAGACGUGAGUCGUGACCACCUGCAAAAUCCCACAAUCUCGAUAUUCGCCCCAAAUUUACAAAUACAAACCAAGGUUGUUAACCCGCGGGUCGAUCCGCGGGUUGACCCACUUUGACUCUGAUCCGGUGAGAAAAACGGGCCGCACGCACCUACCGGGUUGACCACUACAAAGUAUCGGGUUGGAGGUCAAAUUGUGUCAUUUUUUUCUUUGUUUUGCGAAAUGCGCCUAUUUUCCGAUUUUUCUUUUCGCCUAACUUAAUCUUUGGAAUUCUAAGUUGAACAUUUGAAUAUUAAUGUUAUAUAAGUGUGUGUGAAUUUUCAUUAUAUGCUGAAUCUAAGUACGACAUGUUAUUUUGGUGUAAUAUUAUAUGUAUAACUUAUAACUCAUAUGUUAGAUGAGAUUUGAUAUAAUUUAUCAAGAUAAGUACAAUAUAGUGACGCUUUCCAUAUUUCCGGGCUAAACCGGACUAAAACGGGUGACCCAUUAACCCUUAACUCACUAGCUCAACCGGGUCCGGGUCAACCCGCGGGUUGACAACCUUGAUACAAACCAACGCUCUGACCCGAUGGGCCCUACCCGCUUCCCCCAUUGACCUCUUCCAAUCCAAACCACUCAAGUACUCAACCCAAACCAUCCGCGCGCGUGAUGGGUCUCACUCAACUACCCCAUUGCGCGUGGCGGCCCACAUCUCUCCACUCUCCUUUCUUUCCAUUCACAUCCUUUUUUGUCUGCUGACCCGGAUCCGGUCAAAAAAAAAAAGAAUUGCCCUGAAUCCGGCCCAGGCCCACCAAACACAACGCCCGCCGCCCACUCUUCCUUCCCUUCUCAUACAAAACCCGGCAAGAAAGAAAACACAUUUCGGGUCCUGCCCGGGGGCCCACCCGCCAUUCUCCGCCCAUGUUGCCGCUGAUCUCACGCGCCCGGUGACGUACAAUCGCGGGUGUUUUUGGUUUUCGUUUUCCACUUAUUUUUUUAAGAAAAAAAGGAAAGUUUCAAAUUUCAUCAUUUCGUUCCCUUCCUCCUCCCCUUAUUCCAGGGCUCUUCUGGUUUUUUAAUGCGAAAGAGACAGAAGAAAAAAAAUCAUCCAUUCCAUCGUCGAUAUCCAUCUCUCUGAAUCUCCUGCUUUCCGCUGCUUCUUCUUCUUCCGAGUCGAUUUCGCGGCGAACGCGGCGGCGGAGCUUGGUUGGAGUUGAGCUGAGUUGUUUAUUUUUCUUGGCUCUUUCACUGGAAGGAAGGAACAAGAUGAGCCUGGUGGGGAGACAGAUGUCGCGAUCUCACUCCACGGCGCACCACCACCGUCAGUACUCCGAUAACUUCCUCGACGCCAGUAAAUGGCUCCAAUCGUCUUCUCAGGACUUCGGGUACGGGUCAAAGAUGAAUCGGAGCAUGCAGUCAAACCCGUCGACUCCGCCGGUCUGCUCGCGGUCGUCGAGCCUCCGACACGCUGGGGACGGCCAAGUAUCGCCGGGCCUGCUUGAUCUCCACUCCUUCGACACCGAGCUUCUCCCCGAGAUGCAAGUUGGGAGCCGUUAUGAAGGAUACUCGUUUGAUCAACGAAGCUCUCGUGGUAGAAGUUUUGAUGACUCCGAGCAGAAUCUCUUGGCCGGCAAAGUUGGAAGCAGAUCGGCUAAGGGGCUUCCUGAGAAUAGCCUUCUCAAGAGCUUCUCUGUUUCUUCGGAUAAGGAGAGAGCCAACAAUGUUGCCAAGAUCAAAGUCGUGGUGCGAAAGAGGCCAUUGAAUAGGAAAGAGAAGACGAAGAAAGAAGACGAUAUCAUUGCCAUUGAACCGAAUUCGAAUGCUCUCACUGUUCACGAGACCAAGCUCAAGGUGGACUUGACCGAGUAUAUGGAGAAACACGAAUUUGUUUUCGAUGCUGUGCUGGAUGAAGGUGUUUCAAAUGAUGAAGUUUAUGCAGAGACGGUUCAACCAAUCGUGCCUUUGAUUUUCCAACGAACAAAAGCAACUUGCUUCGCAUAUGGGCAAACUGGAAGCGGCAAGACCUAUACCAUGCAACCACUUCCAAUCAAGGCCUCACAAGAUAUAUUGAGGCUAAUGAUUCACACUUACAGGAAUCAAGGUUUUCAAUUGUUUGUCAGCUUCUUCGAAAUAUAUGGUGGAAAGCUUUUCGAUCUACUCAACGAUAGGAAAAAGCUUUGCAUGAGGGAGGAUGGGAAACAACAGGUGUGCAUCGUGGGUCUGCAGGAAUACAGAGUAUUUGAUGUGGAGACAAUCAGGGAGCUCAUUGAAAGAGGAAAUGCCACAAGAAGCACAGGUACAACUGGUGCAAACGAGGAGUCUUCUAGAUCACAUGCUAUACUUCAGCUUGUGAUCAAGAGAUCAGCUGAUGGAUCCGAAUCAAAACCUGCCCGGGUUGUAGGAAAGCUGUCUUUCAUUGAUCUUGCUGGAAGUGAGCGUGGUGCCGAUACCACUGAUAAUGAUAAACAGACGAGGAUGGAAGGAGCUGAAAUCAACAAGAGCUUGCUGGCUCUGAAAGAAUGCAUAAGAGCUCUCGACAGCGACCAGGGUCAUAUUCCAUUUAGAGGGAGUAAACUGACUGAAGUACUACGAGACUCAUUCGUUGGCAACUCACGUACUGUGAUGAUAUCUUGUAUCUCGCCUAGCUCAGGCUCUUGUGAGCAUACUCUCAACACUCUGAGAUAUGCUGAUAGGGUGAAAAGUCUAUCAAAAGGAGGCUCCAAGAGGGAUCUUCUGUCCUCUUCAACUCCAAACCUCAGAGACUCGACUGCUUUGCUGCAGAUGUCUGAUGAUAGCAUAACCGAAUUCCCCAGUGAUAAGAACAGGUUUGGUUGGUCAAAGUCAGUCGAUAGGGAAUCAUCUCCACCUCAUAAUCUGGAACGUGUGCCUAGUGGAAGAUCACAGAGCUACCAAGUUUCUAUAUCUGAUGAUAGAUGGAGAAAUGAUGCUCCAACGAAACGGCCUGAGAUCCUGACGCCUCAACCCAACGAUUUUCAUCCAGACGAGGACUUGAAUGCUUUGUUGAUGGAAGAGGAAGAUCUUAUAGCUGCACACCGGCAACAAGUGGAGGAGACAAUCAGCACAGUCAGGGAGGAGAUGGACUUGCUAGCUGCAGCUGACGAGCCAGGCAACCAGCUGCACGAUUAUGUCGCCAAGCUGAACACAAUUCUCUCGCAGAAGGCUGCGGGAAUCGUACAGCUGCAGACCCGGCUGGCUAAAUUUCAACGCCAUUUGAGUGAGCAUAAUGUCAUAGUAUCUUCUUCAUCUGGUUACUGAAUCUUUUCAUCUCUGUUACCAUGGUGACUUAUCCUGGUUACCAAAUGCCAAAUGGAAGGGCAUGCUGAUGGAGUGGAGUGACACGUUUGUAUUUAUUUAUUCCUUUUUCUGUGAUCUCUGUUUGUUUGUUUGUGUGCAAAAUCAGCCACUGAUUGAUGAUGGCAUAUGCAUCUGAGUUGCAGAUCAUAUCAGUAAUCAGAUGUUAUUUGUAGAAAGGAAUGUGUUUGGCAGCAGAUGACAUAAUUGAGUUACAACUUUUGGCCUCAUUCAAUAUUCAUUCUGGUUCUUUAAUUUUUUGGAUGCUUGUAAUUAGUAGACUGACUUGAGAGUUGAGAUCAUUUUGCUCCACAGUAUUACUUUCUCUUGGUAAAUUUAGGAUUCUUAAAUAUCUUCUUCUUGGGCUCUCGUCUAAAUAAAAUUGUUCUUCUUGGGCCACGAGUUGGGCCAAUUGGUAGGAUUGUGCAGUGUGCUGUUCUUGAACUUUGGCCCUUCUUGCUCUGUGAAACCUCUUCUAGGCUACAUGUCUUACGUGGAAUUUUAACCGUUCGAGCAUGUGACUCUUUCAUCCCAGUUUCGAGUUCUUACAAAAACCGAAUUAAGUUAGUUAACAGGGUUAAAACUUCACCGAGGGUAAGAUAGCCUAACGGUAAAGCUAUCGCGACAGUGAAGAUUUGGGAGUUGCAAUUCCCAGGUUCAAAUCUAAGUGAGGCCCGUUAGUGCUCUCGGAGGUACAAAAAUGACAUUAUGGUUGUGGUAUUUUUGCUCCAAACUGGUUAAAUGCUCAUUUAUCCUUCUCUUAUUAAAGAAACUAAACAAACAUUCUUCUUUUCUAACCCUGCAAAAAUAUACAUUACGAGUUGAUGUAUCAUUCGAAGAGGCAGUCAUAUUCAAUUUCCCAAAAAAAAUCCAAAUCUCAAUUUUACCGGUAUCGAAUCGCGAAGGCCUUCGCCAUGUCGGGUUGCCAUUCGAUCCUCAUUAUACGUGUCACGUAGGUAGAACUUUUGUUGUUGUUGAGGUACUUAAUAUAUAGAUGGUACAUAAUGCCAAUUUGCAAAUCUUCCUUGUUUGAUUGGAGGUGGUGGGUAAACAACUUUUAUUCUCAUUGGCUUGCCAAUUUUGGUCUAUUUUCCUCUUCGUUGAAGCUUAAUUGUUUAAUCACAAUUAGUUGUGUUUGGCUUACUUUUAUUUAGUGGGCAACUUAUUUAGCAUUAUUGGUCGACCCUACUACUAAUUGGGGAAACAAUGAAGAUUUAUUUGCUACUAUAGGGAAGAAAAUUAGGACAACCGUCCAUAUCCUCUCUAAUUCUUUAGUAUACUUAAUUCGACCAAUAGAUUUAUUUCUUCUGUUUAAAGAUAGCUUGAUUCCAAUUAAUCUUAUAGUCUUAAUAGCGGGGGAAAAAAGUACACAGGAUUCAACGAAUAAAAAAAAAACUACACAUGCAAAAGUUAUUUUUUUACGAUGAUUUACAAGUUAUUAUGAUAUGGAGAAAACGGUCUACCGAUUUCACUAAGUGGUCAACCAUUUAAUUAGGGACGUACAAUAUUAAUAGAUAUGCUUGUUGAUAAAAGAAUUGAAGUUAGUACAAAGGUUGAAGUAUAGAUGAGAAGUUUCUCUGGUCAUUGUUCUUCCGUAGGUUUGGAAAAUGCUACGCAUAUUCAUUUCUUAGACUUAACUUCCUUAUAGAGACUUCCAUCUUUCAUUCAAAUUCUAAGUUGGCUUGUUUCUUCUCCUUUAGUUGUCUUAUGACAGAGCAACUUUGUUGCUAUUGUCGUUAAGAAGAUAUCUAACAAGUAGGUAUAAUUGUUAUUUAUUGUGUCAUCUCCAACGUCAAUAAAUCUUCUAUCAUCUUGCUUUUGUGGGCUUUUAUUCCAGAACGAGUGCUAAAAGAUGGUGUUAUUUAUUUUUAUCUAGGCUUAUAAUCUGUGUAAUGAUUUGGUUGCCCACGGGUAAUAGGAUGUUGCAUUACUACAAAACAAUUUCGUAUUUUAGGCUUCCUAACGUAAGUAGAAGAUAAUUUUGUCAUUUGUCACUCAUUUGCUAGCUAGAAGCAUACCGUUCAGCGAAAGCGAUAGAUCGUUUGCAGAUCGUUCCAAAAAGCAUGUGUAAGUUGGAAGUAAGCGUGUCAUCAGGUCGACUUUUUGUGGGAACUGGGAAGCAGUCGACCUCUUGCUCGGAGUGGUAGAUUAGUUGUCUGAAGUGAUCGAUCGCUUUUUGAAAGUGGUAGACCUUUAACUAAGGCAAACGUUUGAGCAUUUUCUCCAAGUCACCAUAGGUAUAGCCAAAAGUUAUUAUUCUUUAUUCAGAUGGUGGGUUUAGGUACAAAUUAUUUGUGUGCAUACCUGUAAAGCACAACUCGUGUUUUCUAUGUAGAAUUCUGAAAGUUUAUCGUAGGUCACACUGGUGCAUGUUAGGUUAAUGAUUUAAGAUACAGUUGAAAAGAACACUCGUCAUUAUGUAAUAUUCCAAUGAGGUCUCAAAAUGAAGUAAUUGGAUCAGAUAACCUCGUUGGACAACAAUAUGGGAAUGCAAGAAUUGGAACGAGGUAAUUUGAAUUCUUUCGUUUGCAUUAAUUUGACAUGACAAAGGCAAAUAUUGUGAGCUGAAACGUUUUUUGUGAGAUGAGAUAAUUGUAAGCCAAUUGUGUCAAAUUAUCUCAUCUCGUGAAUUUAUCAUCCAAACAACCCCUGUAAUAGUAUGUUAAAGAUAUUCCUAUUCAAUGAGUAUUAAAUUGGUACAAUUUGU